AUGUCCAAGCUCAUCCUCGACCCCGCCUCCCAUCUCCUCCUCCACCCAACCCUCAACACAGCGCUCAAAGUCCUCGCCACCACCACAGGUAGGGACAAGCUCCAGCGUACACUGCAGUAUUACUCUCGCUUCUUGGCGUAUGUCUAUGAACGCAGGGGUUUGGUAGAGGAGAGUAAGAGGUGGAAUGGGCUCAAGGGCGUGUUCGGGAAUGCGCGUAAAGUGCUACGGAUGUUCAAGUUCCUCGAGCACCUGCAAUCCGCUCUCAGGCUCUCGCUCUCCACUUCCGGCGACUGGGCCCAGAUCACCCAGAUCGCGCGUCAGGUCGGAUACGCCGGAUUCCUCUUCUUUGACCAUCUUGGCUGGGCGGGGAAUGUCAAGCUCCUCAGGAUGAGCAAGGAGAGUGUGGAGAGGGCUAAUAAGCUCAGUCAGAGGUUUUGGCUCGCGGGGAUCCUGUUGAGUCUUGUGAAUAGCGGGGAGCGGUUUGCGCAAAUUCGUGCUGAGCGCAAGCGGCUCACUGCCCCCACCACAGCGGAAAAAGAGACCCCAGAAGCGGAGAAAAAACUCCGUCUCCACACGCUCACAGCAGAGUUCUCCGCCGUCCGUAUGCAGUUCGUCCAGGACACGCUGGACUUUUGGCUCCCGGCGAGCAAUUUGGGGAUCGUCAGUGUUAGUGAAGGGUUUGCGGGCGCGUGCGGGACGAUCACUUCCGUUAUGGGGUUCUACCAGGCUUGGAAGAAGGCGAGUGGGAAAUGAACGUUCACCAUGGGGGAGAAGCAGCGAGUGUGGGGUAUGUGAUGAAUAGUAAUAACAAGUACUUCGCUGAACACUAUUUGUCC